AUGAAAUUCGCACACACCUACCACCAGCUUCUGAACGAGGAGUUCCCCUCCACCUGGAUCGACUCUGCCAUCUCCUACAAGCGCCUAAAAAAAUGCAUCAAGCGCAUCCAGCGCGAACUCGCAUCCAUCGGACUAGACGUCGUAAAACUAAGACUGCUACUGAACUCCCAGCCGUCGGCGAGUGAUGCUGUCGAGAACAGCGCGGAGUCGGCUGCUCAGCCGGGGAUCUGGAAAUAUACAUUGGAUGGCUGCGACUCCGAUUCCCCGGAUUCCGGCGUCGAGCCCAAGAAAUUCGUCCCCAGACUCCUCUUCGCCGUCGACGAAGUGACCGGCGAGCCCCUUGAUGCGCGCCUCGACCCCGUGACGAAGCGCCAGCUCCACAAACUCGCGCUCGCCCAGUCCCUUACCUCCGUACAGCUAUUCGCCGACGAACGCCCCGACGACCCAUCGGACCUCCGCCGCAAUUCCUCCUCUUCCUCAUCGCAGUCCAGCAUCAGCCCCGACAGCCGCGUCAACUCGAUGGCGUCGGCGUUUAGCGAAGGCCACACCUACCGGAUGGUGUCGAUCCCGAUAACGUCGGACUCGGAGUUCUUCCGCACGCUGCAGCACCAGCUCACGAACAUCGCGGCGCUGCAGAAGAGCGAGAAAGGGAGGCUGACUAGCGCGAUCACGGAUCUGGGCGCGGUGAUCGAGAAGGUCGCCAAGCCGACGUGGCACGGGCGAUCGACGCACGAUCUGCGACGGUGGCGGAAGAUCUUUCAGUUGUAUCUGGACAGUCGGAUUUUCGUGUCGACGGGGGAGAAGGAUCAUGGGGCGCAUAAUUACGAGCAAGCGCAGAAGAGCUGGGGUCGGUUUUUAGAGCAGCUGCGAAAGAGUAAUCUGGAGAAGGAUUUCGCGGUGCGGGAGAGCCACAAGGCGCUGGAGCGGUUUCUGGAGAUUAAUUUCGAGUUGUUGCGGAGUCUGCGGUUUCAGGAUCUGAACGGGUUGGCGAUGGCGAAGAUAUUGAAGAAAUUCUCCAAGCGCACCGCCCUCUCCCCUCGCCCCGUCCCCCUCCUCCCCCUCUCCCUCACCUCCCCCCUCCUCACCCACUCCCUCUCCCGCUCCAUCGUCUUCGUCCUCUCCACCUCCCUCCUCUCCCUCAUCCCCCAGCUCGACGACCAUCUCUGUCCCAUCUGCGCCGGCAUCGCCUACCUCCCCAUCCGCCUCCCCUGCACCCACGUCUUCUGCAUCCGCUGCGUCGUCAUGCUGCAGCGGCGGAACGAGCGCAACUGCCCCCUGUGUCGGAAGCCCGUGGUCAUGAAGACGAGUCCCGAGAAUUUGGACUGGGAUCAUGCCGCGUGGUUGCGGAAGUGGUUUCGGAAGGAGGCGAUGCAGAAGCAUCGGGAGAAUGAGCGGGCGAGUGCGGCGGAGACGAUGACGCCCGUGUAUAGUGAUGGCUGCUCGGUGAUGUGA